AUGCUGUUCCUGCUACUCCCCUUGCUCGGUGUUCUUUUCCCAGGAGGGGACAGUGAUGUUGGGUUUGAGGAUCCUGUUUCCUUCCAUCUCCUCCAGACAUCAACCUUUAACAACCAUUCCUGGGUACAUCAGGGCUCAGGCUGGUUCGGGGAGCUGCAGACUCACAGCUGGAACAGGAGCUCUGGUACCAUCAUUUUCCUGUAUCCCUGGUCCAGGGGCAACAUCAGUAACAAGGAGUUGAUGGAUCUGGAAAGGCUGGUCCAGUUAUACUUCAAUGAACAUCAGGACUUUUAUAUUUCUCAAUUAAUGUUUAAAGGUCCUUUUGAUCUACAGGUGGCAGCAGACUGUGAACGGCACUCUGGGAAGGGCUUCCUAGGCUUUGUGCAGGUAGCUAUCCAAGGACAUGACUUCAUAAGCUUCCAGAAUGAAACAUGGUCACCAUAUCCCAUGGGGGGAAGAAAGGCCCAGAAAGCCUGCAAUCUAAUCAAUCUGAACCAAGUCUACACAAAUAGGAAACAUUGGCUCCUCAGUUAUGCCUGCCCACGUUUAAUCUCAGAACUUCUAGAUGGAGGGAAAGCUCAUCUCCAGCGACAAGUGAAGCCUGAGGCCUGGCUGUCCAGUGGCCCCAGCCCUGGGCCUGGCCGUCUGCUGCUGGUGUGCCACGUGUCUGGCUUCUACCCAAAGCCCGUGUGGGUGAUGUGGAUGCGAGGUGAGCAGGAGCAGCUGGGCACUCAGAGAGGUGACAUCCUGCCCAAUGCUGAUGGGACGUGGCAUCUCCAAGCAACCCUGGAUGUGGCAGCUGGGGAGGCGGCUGGCCUGGCCUGCAGGGUGAAGCACAGCAGCCUAGGAGGGCAGGACCUGGUCCUCUACUGGGCACCUCAGAGUGCCCUGGGCUGGAUCCUCUUUGCUGUGAUAGUGGCCCUGGCUCUUCUGACAGGUCUUGGAUUUUGGUUUAGGAAACGCUGGUGA